UAAAGUUUUUCUUUUUUUUUCCUUUUUUAUUUUUAAUUAUGACGUUACAUAAUUAUACAUAAUUACGAUUAAUCCUUAAUAUAUAAACUAAAAUAAAAUUUCGAUAAUAAUACAUAAAUUGUGAUGUUUUACAUGAGUCACUCUGUAUAUAUAGAAACGAUACCUACUUCCUUCUUGGAGAGGAUUGCAACUAUGUGAAAUAAAUAGAAAUAGAUGGACAAAUAUAUAGUUAAUAAAUGGAAAUGUAUGAGAAUGUGAAAAAAAAACAAAACAAAAUUAUUUCAUUAAUAAUUAUAUUUAUUAAAUUAAUCUCAUUUAUCGUAUAAUAAUAUUUAUUUUAACGAGUCUCACGUACGAUCUCGAAACUAUUUCAUCUAUUUAUUUCUCUCUCUCUCUCUCUCUCUCUCUCUCUCUCUCUCUCUUCCUCUCUCUCUCCCUCUCUAUCUCUCCCUUUCUAUCUCCCUCUUUCGCUCUAUGAGUUCCUCUCCCCUUCUUCUUCCAUAUUCCUCUUCCUGGAUCUAUCUUCGUUUCCCCCCUCGAAAAUAACCUUUGACAAGCUGCAUGUAGUUUAGUACGUCGAUCGUCGCCCUCUCGCCUCGGAAUUAUACUGUUUCUCGGAACGUUUUACAUUUGCUUCAUUUUCGCGAGUGAAAGUUUGCUUAUCUUCUUCUUCUUCUUCAUCUUCCUCUUCUUCUUCUUCUUCUUUUAUCGCCUUUUUUUUCCUUUACUUUUCGCGCUUUUGCUCGAUCGAUCGAUCGAUCGAUCAUCAUCAUCAUUGUAUGAUUCACAAAUAAUAAAUUCAAACUUCCAUCGAACAAGAGACAACGAGAAACGAUAUGCUAUUUUGGAAUUAAACAAAAAUCGUACGUUCAUCAUUCGUCGGACGCGUAAGAAACAAUAUACAAUAUUUAAAAAAUGUAUAUAUGCCCUCCUCCCUUUUUUCUAUCACUUACAAUACGUUAGUAUAUUUUUAAAAACAAAAAAAGUUAACAAUUAACAAUUCUUACUGUAUUACACGAAUUAAUGUAAAAAAAAAAAUUAGAUGUCAUUUAAAAUAAUCAUUUAUAAUCUGAUUUUUAUUUUCUACUUGAAUGACGAUACAGUAUUCUAAGAAAAUUAUUUAUUUUAUAAAUACUUUAAAGAGAGAGAAAAAGAGAGAGAGAGAGAGAGAGAGAGAGAGAGAGAGAAUUAUGUAAGUAAAAAUAUUAUCGCUUUUACAUGGACGAGAGGAUACUUCUGUCAGAGAUCAUGCGUUCGAACGAAGUCAAUUUAACAUCCUGGACGAAUGUUCUGACGUUGCAUCGAACUUCCUGUAAUGAGAGCCUUUACGACUGUGCCAUGAAAGAGUGCAUCGCCGCCGAAUCGAUCGAUUUAGAUCGAAUUUGUGCCGUCAUGGAAAACGCAAUAAUACCGAUGACGAACUUACUAUGCAGAUCAUGCAAUUACACCAAUUGUCAAGUGAACGUGUCAUUGAUUUUAAAUAAAUUGGAAACCAGCAUCGAAGGUAUCUUUUUAUCGAGGAUAACGAACUUCGAUGGCUGCGUUUCGAGUAGCAUCAAACCUGAGAUCCUGGACUGCUCCGAUCAAAGAAAUAUUGUCGAUAAUGACGAUAUAGAAUUGUAUUGUUCGCGAAAAUCAACAGUGGCCAUUCGUCGAACUGAUUGGAGAUUCCUUUUCGUCUCUGUUAUCAUAGUAAUAGCUGGUGGCUUAGGAAAUACUUUGGUUUGUUUAGCCGUUGUACUGGACAAAAGGCUUCACAAUUUAACCAACUAUUUUCUAUUAUCUCUCGCAAUUGCCGAUCUUCUCGUCAGUCUUUUCGUAAUGCCAAUGGGUGCUAUUCCUGGAUUUUUAGGACAGAUUUUAGGUUAUUGGCCACUCGGCAUCGUCUGGUGUAACAUUUACGUGACCUGUGACGUUCUCGCAUGUUCUGCGAGCAUUAUGCACAUGUGUUUCAUUUCCGUGGGCAGAUAUGUAGGCAUUCGCAACCCAUUAAGAACGCGAAGGACCUAUACGAAACGUCUCGUUGUCCUUAAAAUAACAACCGUAUGGUUACUAGCUAUGUUGAUGUCCAGUUUUAUCACCGUAUUAGGCUUGAUCGAUCCGAAAAACAUAAUGCCGGAAACAACAACUUGCGCCAUUAAUAACAGAAUUUUUUUCAUCUUCGGAUCCUUAAUUGCAUUUUAUAUACCGACAAUCGUUAUGGUACUGUCUUACGUAUUGACUGUACAAUUACUUCGAAAGAGGGCGCGAUUUAUCGCGGAAACUUCAAACGACGAUCUAUCGCUUGGGAAAUUAAUUGGAAAAUUUGUUUCAACGAAAACUUCCUCGAACGAACGCGAAAAUACAAGAUCUCUUAAAUUGUUAAGUGGAAAAACAAAUGGAAAGAUCCUAGCUGCAAAUGCAAUAGCUUCCAAACAGAAAGCCAGCAAAGUUCUUGGAUUGGUAUUCUUUACAUUUUUAAUUUGCUGGGCACCAUUCUUUGCAUUAAACAUUAUAUUUGCCAUUUGUCCAAAUUGUUUUGUGCCACGGCACAUAACAGACACGUUUUUAUGGUUGGGUUAUGCAUCUUCCACAAUAAAUCCUAUCAUUUACACGAUUUUCAACAAAACUUUUCGAGCUACGUUCGUACGUUUAUUGAAAUGCAAAUGGUUCAGAUAGUAAUUCUCAAUGAACUCUAGUAUUAUAUAUUUUAUUUUUUCUUACAUCUGCUUUUUGCUUUCCACUUAUAAUUUUUGUUCUAUACGAUAUAAACCAAAAGCACGUAUUAAAAUGCUAAAAGACAAUGAAUUAUUAUAAGGUAUGAGUCUGUUACGAUAAAAAGAAAAAAAUAAAAGAAAUAGACAA